GUCUUACCCCGCGAUGUCCUCCAAGUCCUGAGCCAGCAGCUGGGUCACUGCGCCGAGGAUUUAAAGGAGCACUCCACCCUGAACCAGGCACUCCUCCUCCUGAAAUUCUUCAUCAUCAUCAGCAGGAAUCUGGAGAAUGUAGAGAAGGAGAAGACGCCAGUUUUCGUCAGCGAGGUGAUCCGUCUUCUGACCGCGUCUGCUAUAAAGUUGAAAAGCCCAGCAGAUGAGGACCACGAGGAGCUGUGGUCCCUGACGGAGAAGGUCACCAUCUACGCGCUGCACCUGUGCGAAUGUCUCUUCGAUCCCUACCAGACGUGGCGCAGACAGCUCGGAGGGGAAAUUGUAAGUGCAAAAGAAAAGAGUAAAUACAAGUUUUCCCCGGCCGCCCUGCCCCCGGAAUUC